UGCGGCACCACAGUGUCCCCUGGUGUUCAGCUACAGCACUGAGCGAUAAGUGACACUCAGGGAGGGGAAGCAGAACAAACUGUAAGCUGCUGGGGGAUCCAUCUUGGCCGAAGAAGCAACGAGGGUGAAACAUUUUCUACUUUUGCCCUUCAAAAGGUGUAUCUGUACCACCGUUGAGCGCACUGGGGAGCCCGAGGAAGGGCCGUGACGCUGUCUGUAGGAUGUCCCGACAUGAGGGUGUGAGCUGCGAUGCGUGUUUAAAAGGGAACUUCAGAGGAAGGCGGUUCAAGUGUUUAAUCUGCUACGACUACGAUCUGUGCGCGUCCUGCUACGAGAGCGGAGCCACGACAACGAGACACACCACAGAGCACCCCAUGCAGUGUAUAUUAACCAGGGUAGACUAUGACUUGUAUUACGGAGGAGACACCUUUUCAGUAGAGCAACCGCAGUCGUUCACAUGUCCUUACUGUGGCAAGAUGGGCUACACAGAGACGUCCCUACAGGAGCACGUCACUUCAGAGCAUGCUGAGACUUCCACAGAGGUGAUUUGUCCCAUUUGUGCUGCCUUGCCCGGAGGAGACCCAAACCAUGUCACAGAUGACUUUACAGCUCACCUCACACUUGAACACAGAGCACCAAGAGAUUUAGAUGAGUCCAGCAGUGUUCGACACGUACGUAGGAUGUUCCACCCUGGGCGAGGACUGGGUGGACCCAGAGCACGACGCACAAAUAUGCACUUUACUAGCGGCUCCACAGGUGGACUUUCAUCUUCCUCCUCACAAAGUUCAAGUUAUACUCCCAGUAACAGAGAAGCAAUGGACCCUAUCGCAGAGCUGUUGUCUCAGCUGUCGGGUGUGCGGCGUGCAGCGGGGGGGCAGAUAAACUCUUCGGGACCUUCAGCCUCUCAACUGCAGCAGCUUCAGAUGCAACUGCAGUUGGAGCGGCAGCAGGCUCAGGCGGCGAGGCAGCCGGUGGAGGCGGGUCGUCACGGGACGCGGCGCAGCAACAACCCGGGCAACAGCGGCAACGCCAUCCCCCCACCCAAUACAGCAACUGCCAACACUGCCACCCUGGGUGAAAGCAACCCCCAGUCCUCGUCCCACAGCUCCCAGUUCCUAUUAGCACGGUUGAACGAACCUAAGAUGUCUGAAGCAGAGCGGCAGUUCCUAGAAGGCGAGCGCGCCGACCGCAGCCUGUUCGUCCAGGAGCUUCUUCUGUCCACGCUGAUGCGCGAAGAGAGCUCCUCCUCCGACGAGGAAGAGCGCAGGGACUUCGCCGACUUCGGAGCCAUGGGCUGCGUGGAUAUCAUGCCUUUAGAUGUGGCGUUGGAGAACCUCCAGCUCAGAGAGAGCAGCUCCACGAGGAAGGAGCCUCCGCCGCCUCCUCUUUGAUGUCCGAGCAUCAAGCAGACUGUGUCCACUCUGCUGCAACUGUCAGUGAUGGGCAGCGAGCAGCGGCGGUUCCCUCACACAAAUCUUUCUCUCUCUCUUUCUCUCUCUCUCUCUCUCUCUCUCCAUCACCCACCCUAUCUCUCUGUCCUCCCCCCUCCUCCUCCUCGUCCUCCUCCUCCUCCUCCUCCUGCUCCUUCUCUCCUUCUAUUUUUCUGAGUUUGUUUUUGGUGAUUGUAAUUUCAGGCCUGUCACCAUUUUUGUUACAAUGUAAACAAGAAUAAAUGAGAGCAAGUGGGAUAAAUGUACGAGUGAGCAAUAGCAACCGAGUGUGUGAGCGAGAGGAGACAAAUAUAUAAAUAUUAUAUAUAUUAAAAACAAAAUAUAUAUAUAUAUGAAGUUGAUAAUCAAACCACCUAACGUUUCUUUUCUCUGUCAGGUAAAUGUUACAGGCAGCUGUGGCAGACCUUUGCUUCCUGUGACAUGCAAACAGCUCUCCAUUAUUAAAAAAAAAAAAAAAACAGAAGUCCACAUUCAAAGUCAAGAGAGCGUAGGCUCCUCUGAUCAAGCUGCUGUGUGUGUUAAUGACUAUUAAUAAAUAAAAAGUGCUUGGAUGGGUUACCAUAACUACUGCAUGCAGUUAUUUGCAGCGUGCAUGACAUUUAAUGACCUUGUCAUUAAAAACAUUUUGUUUAAGUAUCCCAAAGGUUUCAACUGUUUUUAAAUGCUUACUACGAACGUGGAAAAAGGCGUCCGUUCACAGCGGUGAGCAGAAAUUUAACUCCAAACAGUGGACUGUUUGUUUUUUUUCCUUUGAACGAGUCUGUAUUUAAUGAAGAAAUCGCACCGAAUCGGACCUUGCAGUAGAGCCAUUAUUGCCUACUGCAGUGUGUGUGUGUGUGUGUGUGUGUGAGAGAGAGAGAGAGUGUGUGUGUGACCGAGUGAGCUCCAGAUUUGCCUUUUCUCUGUGACGAAUGUCUGAAAAUGUCGAAGGCUGCUGCGAACGACGACUACAUGCAUUAGAAGAAGAAGAAAAAAAAAAACGAGACCUUGCCUUUUGAAGUUUUCUUAGGUGUUAAUAUUUAGUGAUAAGCUGUUUAGAUGCCGUAUACUUGAUAAUUUAUAGAUAAGUCUGGAUGUCCAUCUGUCCAUUCUUCUUUCACACACUUCUCUCAACGUCAAUCUGCUUGUGUACACUGUCCGACCCGGCCACGUGCCACGAUGAUUUCUCUUUGUUGGGUUGAGAUGUUUUCAUCUCGCGUUUGGUUUUUACAAAACAUCCCUCUGUUUUCUGUUUUGUUUUGUUUUGUUUUUUUUCUUGGUUUGUUUGUUUCUUGGGUUUUUUUCUGCUAAAGUUAGCACUUUCUAUUUAUUCUGACUCUUCUGAUAUGAAUCAUGCCACCUUCAUGCCUAUACUUUUACCCUCUCUGUAAAAUACAAUGAGAUGUAUAUUGAAUUUGUGCGUUAACUUUCAUAAUGGUUCUGAGACAUGGGCAGACAUUUUUUUUAAAAGAGAAAAAAAAAUGUAAAUUUAGAAUACAAUAAAUAUAAACUGCACACAGCUUUUGAUGAAA